CUAGUUAUUCAAUUUGAGGAAGAUGCAAAACAGUGAGGAACAAAAGUUUAGAGUCCGGAACUUAGAGAUCUCAGACAAGGGCAAAGGUUUCAUAGAGUUACUGCAACAGCUUAGCGUUUGUGAUUCUGUCUCUGAUAAGGAAUUCGAGGAUCGGUUUCGAGAGCUUACUUCCCUUGGAGAUAAUCAUGUUAUCUGCGUCAUUGAAGACGAGCUUGCUGGGAAGAUCGUUGCAACAGGGAGUGUGUUUAUUGAGAAGAAGUUUUUGAGGAAUUGUAUAAAACUAUCAUCAAAUUGUGGUAAAGUUGGGCAUGUUGAGGAUGUUGUUGUGGAUUCGAAUGUUCGCGGGAAGCAGUUGGGGAAGAAAAUAAUCAACUUCCUCACGGAUCACGCUCGUUCCGUAGGGUGUUAUAAGGUGAUUCUUGAUUGCAGCGUUGAGAACAAGUUGUUCUAUGAGAAAUGUGGAUUCAAGCAGAAAGAAAUUCAGAUGGCUAUGUAUUUUGAUUGAGAAAUGUAUUUUCUA